UGGCGGACGGUUAGUGGUAGUGUACAUUUGGAAACCAGAUGAACCGUUGAAUUAUUAAAUGUGCUUUUAAAGGAAAGUGAAGAUGCCUGUAGGUGAUAUGCCAAGUGGUCGUGAUGCGGAGCGAAAUGGAAGGAUUAGUGAACAUCGUCGUAGAUCAAGCAACACUCAGAGAUCAGAUGCAUCAGGAAGUGACCUAGAUGGUAAUGGUAUCCAAACAAGUAUGGACUUGGAGUCUAGAGGAGGUAGACGUAACAGGCAUCGUAGUGAAAGUCAUGGGAGGAUAUCAGGUAAUAAGAAGAGCAGGAAAAAGCGACGGUCCAGAGAAUGCAGUUCUGGUGGUGCUGACAAUCCAGUGGUUUCUGUAGCAUCAUCAGUGAUAAAGCCUUUAGUUGAAUAUUCAGAUGUGAGUUCAGAGGAUCUCUCUGGUCCUGAAGCAGGUGAGAUACAAAGUGAUGAGAGUACACGGAUUAGUUUAAGUGAGGGGGAAGUGAGUCCAACAUCUCCACAUUCAGGAAUCCAGCAUGGCUCUGCCAGUCGGAGUCAGCAUAAACAUGGCCGAACAUCUCACAGUGCUACUAAUAGUAAACUAGUGGAAUCAGACAUUGAUAGAGGUAAAGGGUACAGGCAUCACAGUGAAAGGAAAUCCCUCUCAUCACAUUCCCAUGUUGUGUCUUCCCCUCCACCAAGAAGCAGUGAAAACAGGCGGAGUCAUAGUGGGCGACAUGCCGUUUCUCCUUCAUUAAUAAUUCGAUCGCCUUCUCCUUCAAUUUCCAUGCCAAAAAUUAGCAGUAAACGGAAGGAACGGAGAGCAUCUGUUUCUUCGGUUACAUCCCGAGGAAGUGAAUUAAGGCACAGAAAACAUCAUGAUCGUUCACCUUCUGCCGAAAAACUUCAUGGUGGCAGAAGUAUUUCCCCAUCUUCUAUUGACAUUUAUAGGAAAAUGAAGGAUGGGCAUUCUUCCAGUAGUCGCCAUCGAUCCAGCUCCAUGAAAAAGAAGGAAAAGAAACACAGACGAGACCGAGAUAGGAAGUUGAAAACUUCCCACCGGUCAAGUAGAAGUCCAAAUUCUACUAGUGGCAGGAAGAGGAGAAAGAAAUCUAGGCAUCAUUCUAGAAGCUCUUCCCGUUGUGGUGUGGGAGACGAAAAUGUUGGCGGCCUAACACCUCAGUCGGACGAUGAUAUAAAUGUGGUUGUGUCAGGAGAGGAGCUAGUGGAUGGUGGUCAGUUGGUAGGUUCUUGGCAUCAUCCAGCAUCUCCUGAUGAAAUAAUGUUACCAUGUACGAUGCCGAGGUCUGCGUCUCCAGCUGACAAUACGAAGAGAAAUGCAGUGGUUUCUCCAGAGUCUCCCCCAUUUAUUGGUGAAGGUAACACACCACCACAUGAGCCAAGUGAUAUGGAAAUUGAAUCUUCUGAACCAGAAGAAAGUGUGUCAUCUCAAACAAGGACUCCUGCUAUUUUAGUUCCCGUUGCUGUGAGGUCUUCAAGGGGCAGAGGUGGUAGCACUCCAGUUUCUUCUCCCCAUACUCCACCAUUACCCCCAAAGGCAUAUGAGAAGUUGAGCUCAUCGAAGCUGGCUGCUGUGGAAUCAAGAUACAGUGGGAGAUGUUCACCGAGUCCAACAGAUAGGAGAUCCCCUAGUAUACUUCCAAGACGAACACCAUCAUUAAGCCCUGUCCCAAGACGGUCCCAUAGUAUUUUAGAGGAAGAAGAAAUAGUGCGGUGGAAACCUGCAAACACUUCCCCUGGGCCUCGAUCUCCUCUUCCUCACCAUCCUACUCCAGUCCACAUAAUAUCCAGGCGAAGCGCAAAUUCGCCAUCCCGAAAGAGAAGGAAGAGCAGUAGAAAUGAAAAGGACAGAAUGAGAAGUCACAAGAGAGAAAAAGAAAGAGACAGAGAGAGGGAAAGAGAUAGAGAAAGAGAAAGUGAACGAGAACGUGAGAGGGAACGA